CAUCACUGCAAGGGCGUCCGUCGCGGCUGCUUCAGCCAGAUCCUGCCGCCGCAACAAGCUGCGUCUGCGCCGCACACGACAGCGGAGCCUCGCGAGAACGCUCUCGCCGCCGCUCCCGCCGCGCCGCGCGGCGCGGGCCCCUGGCCGAGCGCUCGAGCGCCUAGGGGUGCGCGCGGGGUACACAGCCUCGAUCCAGGCCUCGGAGAAGAGCUGGCCCGCAGCUUUCGGCCCGGAGUAGACGCCAUACAUUGCCGGCUGGCUGCCGUGCGGGCUCAGCAAGGCGAUGUCAGAUGAGGGCUCGAGACGGGCGGCGGCAGCCUCGCCUAGCGACCAUACACGACACUCCGGCAGGGCUCCCAAUAUGCCGCAACGACCACGUCUCGCCCGCCCAGAUGCCGCGAGCGGCAGCCGCUCGUCCAGAGACGCGGACGAAGAGGUUGUCCCGAUGUCAGAGCGGCGCAUCCAUGCUCUCACAUGCGACGAGGAAGACGAGGAGGAAGCUGCAGCAGAUGCGCUGGACGAGCAGGGCUCAGUCAUCGGAGAUGAGGGUUCAGAAGAAAGGAGGAGCGCCUCGGACACCGGCGCUGUCUUGGUGCGCGACUACGCCAAGCCGCUGAGAAGGCGAAAGCCUGCCCUGUCGCCCAUCAAGAUCCCCGUCGAACGCACCGUCAGCUUCCACGCAUCGACCCAGCCCGACUCGCGUGCCGGGCCCGAGGCCAGCGCCGACACGGACGACGAUGACAGCUGGGAUACCAGAUCAACCACAACGGCCAUGUCGAGCAGCACAAGCUACCAGGCCAGCUUCCUGCCGUCGUCGCUUGCACGUCGUGAGAACGAGCGGCGCGAGGCUGCACGCAUGACGGAGCACGACGAGACGCUGCAGAUCAACACCUACCGCCGUACGCCGCUGAUCACGGGUGCACUAGCGCCGUUCAGCAUCAUGCUUGAGAUUCCAGGCAUCACCGGUCGCUGGUAUGUGCGCACCGGUCCGGACCGCAGACCUGUCGCCUACCGCAGCAACCCGGUGAUCCUGGACGUCGGCCUUGCCAUUUCGAUCUCGGUUGCUGUCAUAGCCAACUUUGCGAUCGUCGGCCGCUUCCUGGAGCGGCUCUCUCCUGGCAGUGCCACGACGCUUGCGAUCGUCUGCUUCUGCGUUCAUGACGCGAUCAACAUCGUUGCCCUGACGAUCUUUGGAGUGGUGCACGCCGUCGACGACGGCUUCACGUAUGCCGAGUCGUACUGGAUGACCGCCGCUGCGACAGUGGCGUCGUGCCUCUGCACCUUUACUCUUGUGUGGGACUUUGUCAAGACAAAACGCUUCCGCCAGUCGGGCAGCGGCCUGACACGCAAGCAGAGCCGCCUCGUGCUUGUCAUCAUGUUUUUCCUCUGCUACCUCAGCCUUUCUUCGCUCUUCUUUGCGCUGGCGCACGACCCGUCGCUGCCCUUCCUCGACAGCGUCUACUUCACGAUUCUGAGCUACGCGACUGUAGGCCUGGGCGACAUCCUGCCCAACACCGUCGCAGCCAAGAUCCUGCUCAUCUGCUUGGCGCCCGGCGGCAUCGUGCUGCUCGGUAUCGUCAUUGCCACGGCACGCGACACGAUGCUCGAAGAGUUCGAGCUCAGCUACAAGCGACGGCGCAUGGCGUUCAAGAGCGCCCUCGCCGAGCGCUCUGCUCAGCGCCGCGAACAACGCCGCCUCGGCCGCGCACUGCGCAAGGCUGGCCGAGGCGACGCACGUUCGGCGGUGGGGGCUAGACAGCAGCAGGAACCGCAGCAGCCGACAUCUGGCUUCGCACCAUUCCGCACGCUCAGUCGAGCAUUCACUGCGACGAGCUUGGCGCUCCCUCGCACCGACACAGAGAAGACCGCCACCGACGACCGGUGUCCGGCGCCAGAUGUCCUUGAGCAGGCCCGCUGCAACUCUCCCGAAGACUUGGAGAGCGACCCGCCGAGCGUGGACAUCGAGAAGGCCGCGCCAGACGCUGCGAUUGGCGCAGAGCCCGACACUGGGCGCACCAUGGUGGAGGAAGUGGCCGAGAUGGAGGACUAUCUGCGCGACCGCCGACGACAGCUCGAUGAGAACUGGAAGGACUUCCGGCGCGACCUCGAGCUCUCCGAGAAGCGCGAGUUCUGGCUCAAGCUGCUCGGCAGUGCCAGCCUCUUCGUCGCCUUCUGGCUCGUCGGUGCAGCCGUCUUCUCGGCCAUCGAGAGCUGGUCGUUCUUCGACAGUCUGUACUUCGCGUUCGUGUUCAGCUCGACGAUAGGAUAUGGAGACUUCGCUCCUCGGACGCCCGCUGGAAGGGCUUUCUUCAUCGUAUGGUCGCUCGUGGGCAUCGGCAUCCUCACUGUGCUCUUCGCCGUGCUCACUGAUGCAUGGAGCAACGUGGCGCUGCGGCGCGGCCGCAAGCGCAGCCUCAAGCCGACCAGCUUCAGCAUGACUGUGCGCAACUGGCUCAAGCGGAAGAAGCCCGGUCCGCCGGCACCGGACGCAGCCGACGAGAGCGCGCCGGCUCAGGCUGGCGAUGCCAAGCGGUCACCAUCGCCGGACCAACGACUGGCGCCCGACGCGCCUGAGGACGACAGAGGCGACACCAGACCCGCGUCGCCUGCUCUCUCAGAGAUCGGAGAGAGCACCACUGCACCGGAGGAGCUGCCGGUCGAGCUCGCGCGCUCUGCUCUGACCGUGCAUCGGCUGGCCUCGCACAUGAUGCGCGAGAGUCUGCGCAAGCACAUCUCGCGCGCAUCGCCCGAGGCAUCCGCCUCGCUGUGGAAUGUCGAGGGCCGGCUGCGGCAGCGCCGCAACGACCAUCCCGAGGGACGCACGCGCAUCCGCGAGGACGAAAAGGCCGCGCUGCGACAGGCGGCCGAGGGCGAGGGCGUGCUGGAGGAUGCCGUCGAAGCGUUCAUCGAGGUCUUUGCGCUGGAGGAGCACCUGCAUGAGCUCCUGGCCGUGGCGUCGUCGCUGGGAGAGCACCUAGCCGAGCUGCACGAGCUGCGACGCGAUGCGGCGCAGCGCGCCGAGGACCAACCAGAGCCAAGUCAGGAUGCUCACGAGGCAAGCACCGAGGACGCUGCGCCUCUCGAGCGAAUUGGAGAAGCAAACGCAAGCUGAGCCGCACCACACUGUAUCUAUACCCCCUUCGCGACUGGUAACAAGACACUCUCAUUGCCAC